AUACACAAAAUCUUAAGCUUCUUUUCUUCCUUACUGUCUAAAUACCUUGGGAACAAUGUCAGUCAAAAAGGAAUACCCGAUCAUCUGGUGGACAAAGUGGUUCGAUACCGACCGGUACGAAGGCAUGAUGACAGACGACUGUGGCCUACCCUACACCUGCCGGCAUACCCUGGAUCGCAGCAAGUACAAUGAAGCCAAGGUCAUUGUCUUCCAUGAUUGGAACCCCAGGGACCUACCGCCAUUGCAGGAUGUGCACGACAGCAAAAAGUCGUGGGUGCUAAAUACAGCCGAGAGACCGCAGCCAUUUGCGUACCAGCAGAAAUAUAUCUCUCUGUUUGCUUACCAGUUCACGUACCACUUUGGGUCGGACUUUAUCGCAACAUACUUCACGUCUGGACGCUCGAACCCACAAGCUUUGAUUAACCUUGUCAGCCGGCCACCACUGCACACUCUGCCAGAAAAGAAUCAGUUCCGCAAGCAUGGCUUUCACGAACAAGACAGCAAGCCCUUGGCACCAGUCGCGUGGAUCGUAAGCAAUUGCAAGGCUAACAAUGGACGGCACUUCAUGGUCAAUCAGCUCAAAAAGUACAUCGAUGUGGACAUUUACGGUAAAUGCAUGCCCAACAGGGCGUGGCCAAAAAAAAAGGAUGGUGUGACAGAGAUGACGGAUGAAGAACUGGUCUCGCACUACAAGUUUUAUCUGGCACUUGAAAACUCCAACUGCGAAGACUAUGUGACCGAGAAAUUUGAGCGGGCGCUUGCAGCCGGAACAGUACCUGUGGUGGAUGGACCUGAAGAUUACUCGAGAUUCACACCAGGCGAGAAAUCACUUAUCAAGUACGAUGACCAUGGAUCCCCGGAACGGCUUGCACAUUAUCUGAAGGCUCUUGACCGUGACGAUGAAUCGUAUCAGGAGUACUUGGCAUUCAGGGCAAAACACACUACCGAUAACACGGAUGAAAAUCGUCAAGUGUAUACCAACGCACCGGCAAUGUUCAAUCAGGACUACAAGAGGCGGUUGCUACCAUGGUUUGUCGACACCUGGGACAUUGAUGCACCGGGGUUCCCUGUCAAUUCGACCACACAAUGGUUGAGCAAAGAUGGUAGUAAGCAGACGAGUCGAGCCAAGUAUGGUGUGCAAUGGGGUCCCGAUGGUCAAGGUGCUCGAUGCGCGCUUUGCAGAGUUGCACGCGAUCUCACUGAGGGUGAUACCGUUAUUAAUCCAAGCAAGCGAUUGGCUAUUGACAAGACGUGCAAGUUCCGCAAGUUUCACCAUGCAAGCUGGAUCAUAGCGUUCUACCCAUACUGGACCUUGCUAGCGCUGGUGAUGAUGGUUGUGCUGUUAUUUGUGCUGUUGACGAGAACUGGCCGUAGGCGUGCAAAGGCUCUGAUAUUGAAGACGCUGAAGGCUCUGGAAAGUGUAACACGCAGGAAGCACGUGGAGCCUAGCAGAGUAAUGAGAGAAAAAACAAGUAAUCUCAGCAUGGUGGUGUAACGAAGUGAAUUUGGCUUCGCCCUUACUUGUGGGUGGAAUAGUAAGGACACCGCAGCAUUGUGCCUUGUAAAAUAAAAAAUGGGUAAUGUUAGUAUUGAUCUCGACCAAUAGUUUUGCCCUACCCACAAUACCCUUCAUUCCUAUUUGGUUUCCCAUUAAACUGCUUCAUACCCUCCAACACCUCGCAUUCAAGCACGUUGUCCUCACUUCAAACAAUAUUCCAACAAUCACGCUCGUAAUCAACAUAAGA